CUCACACGAAGGUCUCUAGGGCUGAUCAAGAAGAUAAUCCUUUCUACUUCUGAUGCGGGUGGCUCUUGGUGUAGACAAUUUGUCAAGGACUAGUAAUACUUCCUGUCUCAGGCGUGUAGCACUUCGAGGGAAUCCUGUCUUGCACCAAACCCGGUUUGCAUCCUUCCUCCAGCGGGAAAAACCAGUGAUUUGGAGUAACUGGACCCCUCGUUAUCCAUUGCAUAAACCAAGAUUCCAAGAGACGUGGUGCAAACCUUUCUCAUCCGUCAAGAUGUCUGAAUCACAGCCGUUAAGAUACGUCGAUAUCGGGAUCAAUUUUAGCGACCCCGUGUUCCGGGGAGAGUACCAUGGCAGACAAGUCCAUGAAAAUGAUCUGGAUGAUAUCAUCCAGCGUGCCCGCGAUGUGGGCUGCCAAAAGUUCAUGGUUACUGGCUCCGACCUGGAGGAGUCGCAUCGGGCAAUUGAAAUUGCUCGGAGUUACCCGGGCUUCUGUUAUGCCACGGUUGGAGUGCACCCCUGCCAGGCAAAGCUUUUCGAUUCAUAUGCGGGAGGUCCAUCUAAAUUGAUUGACGACCUCCGGACUUUGGCUCAAGAGUCGAAACAGUCGGGAUACGUUGUUGCCUUCGGAGAAAUCGGGCUGGACUAUGACCGACUGUUUCUGAGCGCAAAAGAGCCACAGCUCAAGUACUUUGAAGCCCAGCUGGAUCUGGCCGUGGAAAUCCAACUCCCUCUUUUCCUACAUUCCCGCGCUGCCAGUGAAGAUUUUGAGAAGCUUCUGGCGCCACGGCUUGCCAAACUUCCCAAGGGGGGUCUGGUGCACAGCUUUACGGGCACGAUGGAGGAGAUGAACCGGAUGGUGGCUCUCGGCCUCGACGUGGGCAUCAACGGCUGUAGCUUGAAGACGGAGGAAAAUCUGGAAGUGGUAAAAGCUCUGCCACUAGAGCGCCUCCAGAUCGAGACGGAUGGUCCGUGGUGUGAAAUCCGACCUUCCCACGCGUCCUCCAAAUACUUGGAAGGAGCGCCGACGCUCCCCAAGGCCGUGAAGAAAGAAAGGUGGCAGAAAGGAGCCAUGGUCAAAGGAAGGAACGAGCCAGCUGCCAUUGCGCAUGUUGCCCAUGUUAUCGCGAAUCUCAAGGGGAUCACGGUGGAGGAGGUUUGCGAAGCGGCUUGGAACAAUUCCAUUCGGAUGUUUGGACUGGGAGAAUCGGUGUAAUCUCGGCUUAGAUCUUGUUCUCUUUGAUGCCAGAUUUAUAGAACGGCCUGUCGCUAUCGGGCUACAUAUGAGAGAAUCAACACGUCCAUAUCAUGUCAUUCCAGCCUCACCUGACUGGACUCGACAUGAGACA